GUUAAGUGCUGGCAUAAUAUUUAUCCCUGAUUAUGUAUUUCUGACUGUAUUAAUGUAGAUCCUUUUUUGAAAGGUGACUAUUAAUUUUUGUAAAGUCGUUGAAUAUAAAAUGUGUUUUGGUAUUUUUGUAGAUUAAAAUUUGGUCACACUAACGGUCAAUCAGUUUGAUUUCUGUACCAGCUGUCAUCGGAGAGUUUCGUGUGUGAUUGUUAACUUUUCAAAAACUUUUAAUUUUAUAGUAGUACAAAGUAGUGCAUUGUAGAUAAAUGCACAAGGUAUCACUUAGCUGGGGAAAUUGACAUAAACAUCUUUACGAAAAAAGUAUAGACGUCAAAUUCGGCGUUUCCCUGGUCAUCGGCGCGAAGAAAGGACUGAGAAAGAUUUUCAAAUGAAAUAGAAUUAAAUUUUAUUCAAUAUAAACAUUUUUGGUUAAUACAGAACAAUGGUUGAAGGAGACAAAAAUACCAUUGACACAGUGCAGGUGGCCCUCCGCAUCCGGCCUUUGAUGAAACAGGAGAUAGAGAGAGGAUGCGACGAGUGUAUAGAUGUUGUGAAUGGGGAACCCCAAGUGCAGAUCAAAGACUUAGCGUUCACAUACAACUUUGUAUUCCCACAACAUAUAACACAGCAAGAAUUCUAUGAUACAGCAGUCAAAGGUUUAAUAGGAAGGUUAUUUCAAGGUUACAAUGUGACAAUACUAGCAUAUGGCCAGACGGGCUCUGGGAAAACAUACACCAUGGGUACCAAUUAUUCAGGAUCUGACGGAGAUUCAACAAAACUUGGUGUGAUACCUCAAGCGGUUGCAGACAUAUUCGAUUUCAUAGAAACCCACGAGGACAAGUUUAUUUUCAAAGUGACAGUCUCCUUUAUGGAGUUGUAUCAGGAACAGUGUUACGAUUUGCUAUCUGGAAAGGAGAGAGGUCACAGCAUCAUUGAAAUCAGAGAGGAUAUAAACAAAGGUGUAAUUUUACCAGGUAUCACCGAGCACCCAGUGGCGUCGACCAUGGAAACCAUGAUGGUGCUGGAGCAGGGGUCCAUGGGUCGGGUCACUGGAUCCACGGCCAUGAACCAGGCUUCGAGCAGGAGUCACGCCGUCUUCACCAUCGUAAUCACCAAGGAGAGCCGGACGGAUAAGAACAUAGCUACAACUUCCAAAUUUCACCUGGUAGACUUGGCUGGUUCGGAACGCAUUAAGAAGACUAAAGCCAGUGGCGAGAGGUUAAAGGAAGGCGUGAAGAUAAACCAGGGUCUCCUUGCAUUGGGCAAUGUGAUAUCGGCCCUUGGAGAUGGUACAAAUAGGAGUUUCAUCGGCUACAGGGACAGCAAACUCACUAGGCUGCUGCAAGACAGCUUGGGUGGUAACUCUUUAACCCUUAUGGUGGCCUGCGUGAGUCCAGCCGAUUAUAAUCUGGACGAAACGGUUUCGACUCUGAGAUACGCGGAUCGUGCGAGACGAAUCCGGAACAAACCCAUCAUCAAUCAGGACGCGAAGGCUGCGGAGAUCGUCAGGUUAAAUAAUUUAGUAAACGAAUUGCGACUUCAAUUAAUCGGUAAAGCGCCUACAGUCAGCGAACAGAACAAUGAGCAACUGCAAGAAGAGUUAGAACGAGAGAAAGCUAGAUACCAAGAGCUGCUAAAGAAACACAAACAAGUCACUGAACACUUGGGAAAUAUGCUGAUUGAAAACACGAAUUUGUGUGAAAAGGCACUUUUAGCGGAAGCGGCCAAGGACAAAAUCGAGAGGAAACUCAACGAGUUAACGGAGCAAUGCAAUCAGACUAUAGAGAAUUUGAAUACUACUGAUAAAAACGUGGACGACGAAGCUCAGAAGUCGAGUGUUGUGGACUAUUUGAAGGAAAUCAAGACGAGACUGGAAGAUUUGCAGUCGGUGAAUCUGAAAACUAAUGAGGAAUUGAUAGACCAUGAAAUUAAGUUGUCCUUUAUUAAAGAGGACAGUGAAGGGGAGAAGGUUGAUGAAGAAGCCCUGCUCAAUGAAGAUCAGGCUGUGUUGGAAGAAGAGAAGAGAGCUAUGGGACAGGUGGCCUUGAACCAAGAGCUGCAAGAGUUGAACCGAGCGAUGGCGAUCAAAGCUUCCGUCGUACAAGCGAUACUUGCCAACAACAAGGAAAUGUUGGACAGCCAUAACAAUCUGCGAGAAAAUGAGGAGAAGAUCGCUCAACUCGAGAGGGAAAGGGACGAGCUGAUGCAGCAAUUGAAGCAGACCAAGAGUAAAGACCCGAGUCAUGAAGAGCGUCGUACCAAAGUGUCGACUCUGGAGGCUCAGAUAUCUGACUUGAAGAAGAAAUGCCAGCAGCAAGCCAACAUCAUUAAGACUAAAGAGAAGAACGAAGCGAAGAUCGCCUCCCUCAACGCAGAACUGCAGGCCAUGAAAGUCACAAAGGUCAAAAUAAUUAAACAAAUGCGGGAAGAAAGCGAGAAAUUCCGCAAAUGGAAGGCUGAUAACGAACGUGCUCUUCUACGGCUCAGGAAUGAAGAUAGGAAGAGAGCCACCGCUAUGGCUCGCAUGGAAUCUUUGCAUGCGAAACAACAAACGGUGCUUAAGAGGAAGAUGGAAGAAGCCGUCGCUGUUAAUAAAAGGCUGAAGGAAGCUCUAGAACGUCAGAAGAGCACAGCUAUGAAACGCAACGCCAAAGGCAGCGUUAAAGCUGGCGCCGUACAGCAGUACAUCGAGCAGGAGCUAGAAGUACACCUCAGCAUAGUCGAGGCGGAGAAGUCUUUGGAAGAACUUAUGGAAUAUAGGGCGUGGAUCACGGAACAGAUAGAAAACCUCCGCAACAGCACAGAAGACGACGCCAGCAGGAAGAAGUUGGUAGAACUAGAAGACGAUCUGGCGUUACGCAAGGCGCAGAUAUCAGACCUGCAACAGAAAAUACUAACUGCUGACCAGGAAAACAAAUCCCGUACUCAGUGGGACAACAUACAGUCUAUGCUUGAAGCGAAAGUGGCUUUGAAGUGUUUGUUCGAGUUACUGGUCGAUGCUAAACGAGAGCUUCAGAAUCAAAGCGAGAAAGGUUACCAGGCGAGAUACGAGGAGAUCAAGGAAGCCCACGAUCGACUGGCUGUAGAGUUUGAGAACAGUAAAGCGGAGUUUGAGAGACAACUGAGCUUAGUCAAGAUGCAGAGUGAGCAGAAGAUAUCCGCCUUAGUAGCUUUGCAACGCGGAGUCGUCGGUCGCGGAGACAAGAGUGAAGCCUGCAAACAUCUACAGAACGUGAUCCAAUACCAGCAGGAGAGACUUGACCAAGUGGAAGACGAGAAUAAAAAGCUUAUGGACGAGCUGGAACAGUUGCGUUCUAGUAAGAGCAGCAAGCGUUCGAAGAAGGAGCAACCCGAGCCUGUGAAGAAGGUGGAGUACGUGGAACCGUCUGAUGAAGACGAGGACGAGGUGGAAGACAGUGACAAAGACCCUGAUUGGAGGGCCACGCCGUUAUUCAAGCGGAUACAGAACGUGGAGUCGUCUGAAGAAGACGAGGACAAGGAAGAAGACAGCGACAAGGUCUCGGACUGGAUGGCCACGCCGCUUUUCAAGCGGAUACAGGCGCAACGUUCCCGUCUCACCAUGAACUUCACAGCAACGGAGCCGGAUACAUCCAAUAAUACAUCCACCGUUCGCGCGGUGAAACGGAACAGUGACGGAACGUCGCAUUGCGCGUGUCGCGGCAGUUGUUCUACGAAAAUGUGUGGAUGCGUGAAGGCUGCCAACUCUUGUGGCGCCACCUGCAGGUGUCAGGCCGUACUAUGCAGGAAUAGGAGGCAGUCUUCAGACGAUAGCGAUGACAAGGAGAAUGUGCCUUCGAGUACAGAUCCAUUAAUUGGAUCGACGACGCCUCCGUCUUACUUUGACAAACGAGGACACCUUGACGCCACAUACGUGAAGAAGAAGAAGAGUUACUUUUUUCCCGCUGAUCAGGGAACUUCAGAAUAAACAAAGUUUAAAUAAAGACUGAAUGAAAUGCAGAUGUGCCGAAUCUUAGAAUUUAAAUUUGUAUUGUAACCGAUACUAUUAAGUGCCUUGUUUAUAAACAGCCGAAGUGCGGUUGACUUGUAUUUUUGUAAUUAUGUAUGAACUUAUUCUAUGUGAACUAUGUAUUGACUUAAAGUUUUACUUGAAUGUGACGUCAUAAUGCUGAUUCUGUCAUAAUUAAAUUAAUAUUACCUAAUUCUUUUAGAAAAAAUUACAGAGUUGAUCUCUGAAUAAUAAAAAAAUGUUAGUAA